AAUCAGUCUUCAGCUGAGAAAAAGGGCAUUUUCAUCUCAGAAUCUCUGUUGCCCAGUUCAAAUUUUCUCGAGAAAAUGAAGGGGAUGAAGGGAAAGUUACUGAAGAAAAUGAAGUCAAUCGGAACAGUUGGGUAUCUGAAGAUUCAAGAUCGAGUUCUUCAGGUGAGUGCCUCAGAUGGGUAUUAUCCAGACUCUUGUCCCGAGAAUUCUGAUUUUCAAAUUCAAAACAAAAUUUUGCGUUGUGAAGAACCAGAGCAGAGGAAGAAAAUCAACCAGAGUUGUUUAACGGAGCAAGAACCUGAAGUGAUCGAUGUGGCUGAGCUAAUGAAGGACCUUGAAGAAGAUGAAGAAGAAGAUAUGGAAAUGGAUGAGGACACCGACGACAAGGAAAACAUCGGCCCGCCAAUGCGUUUUUUGAAGCCUAAUCAGGAGAUUUCAUUGAGAAGAAUUUCGGAAGCUUCGGAGUUGUUGGCACCGGAGCCUGAAAACCGCGGACAAGCCCCUUUAUCGGAGAUGGAUGUGUCGUCUUUUCGUCGGCCGGAUUUGAACUCCUACAGUCUAUUUGAUCCGAAUCUGCUCGACGCGUUUAAGCAGGCUGUGAUGGAUCAUAUGAAAAUGAGUGAAGCAGAGAGGCGAAUGAAAAUUGAGAAUGAGAAAUUAUUCGAAAAUAUUGUUGAAGAAGAAGAAGAAGACGAUGAAGAAGAAGAGGAAGAGCAAGAGCCGCCUUCGAAAGCUCCCCGGGUAGAAAUCGAGCAAGAAGAAGAUCCGUUGUUGCAAUUCGACGAGAAGUGUCCACCCGGGGGAGCGGACUCGGUGAUUCUCUACACGACGACGCUACGGGGGAUUCGGAAAACAUUCGAGGGGUGCAACAGCGUCCGGUUUCUUCUUGAGAGCUUUCGGGUGGCGUAUUUCGAGAGAGACGUGUCGAUGCACUCGGAGUUUCGGGAAGAGUUGAGGACUAUUUUGGAUGGCAAAGCAGUUCCUCCAAAGCUUUUCAUAAGAGGGAGAUACAUUGGUGGGGCAGAGGAAGUUUUGGGGCUGCAUGAGCAAGGGAGGCUUAGACCACUAUUCAAAACUGUCCCAAUUGAUAGGUCUAAUGGCCCUUGUGAAGGUUGUGCAGGAAUGAGGUUUGUGCUUUGUUUCAACUGCAAUGGCAGCCACAAGGUUGUUGCUGAAAAUGGGCAGUGCAAUAAUUGUUCUAUUUGUAAUGAGAAUGGUUUGAUUAUAUGCCCUAUAUGCUGCUGAAAUAGUUGGUUUACUAUUCCAUUUCCUUGCCUAUCCCUUUUUAAAAAAAAAAUUUGUUGUCAAUAUUCUUAAUUCUUUUUGCCUUUUGAUGCUGUAUGUAACAUGUAUACCGGUUUUGUGGGUCGAAGUUCUAAUUUGUAGAACUCAAAAGUGAGCAAAUAAAUUGAAGGUUGUUUAGGCUGUUUUCAUUUCACUGCAUGAAAAUGUGUUGGCAGUGCAAAAUGGGAUCUAAAUGUAACAACUUAGAGAGUUUCCUUUAUACUCAUUCUGUUUCAGCAAAUAAAUAAAAAAAUGACAAAAACUU